AUGGCACUUCCCGUCCUUCCAAGCUCGGACAACUUCUUGGGCGUCGCUCUCGUCAUAAACCGCUCGCGCGAGGGCCCGAGAUUCGUCUUCCACUACCCACCCUUAUUGCUCCCGACAGAGAACGCCGGGAGGAAUGCCGACGGGGGAGACGACGUCGACGAGGACGACGACAUCCUGCUCGGCCGCCCCUCGCGCGAGGCCCGCUUAGAGGGUGCCUCUUCGUCCGCUGUGCUUGCCGCCGAGCUGGCCCAGUGGAACCAUGACGACCAUCUCAUCACUGAGAGUGGCACCCAGAUCGUCCCCUGGGAGCAUGUGGCUGGCUUCCCGACCAAGGACCUCGCAAACCUCCUGACGCCAGCCAAGGCUUACCACAAGAGGCUCUUUCAGGUGUCCCUGGACCCGAUAUAUUGCGUGUCCUACCCGAUCUACGUGCCUGACAACGGCGUGUGGCGGAAGAAGAAGACGAAGAACGCGCAAAAGCAGCGCCAGCCGCAGCGAGAAUUCCGGGUGGCCAAGAAAGAGGACGAAGACCCGCUGCCGAUCGACCCCGGAGGAUCGGCCAGGAGUGCCGGUGAGAAGGGUCUAAGCGAUGCGGAGGGCAUCGAGGUGAGGGACAUGUUGGAGCCAAUGACCAAACCGGCCGACGAGGCCGAAGACAAGAAGAGCUCCAUGACCAUGUUCAACUUAGUCUUCUUUCUGAAACCCAAGAAGCACGAGGUCAGGGCCCUCGUCGACGUCAUGUUUACCCACAUAAUCAGAAAGAUCAACAAGGCCUACAAGUACUGCCAGCAACGGAGUGACUUUGUUUGGAAGGAGUCGAAGCGAAUUCUGGCCCUCAAGGAAAAGGGCCGCGAGGACAAGAGCAAGAUGAGCGUUCUGUGGGACGAGAUACUGUCUGCCUCCUCCUUGGCGGCAUCCAUGCAGGACAUCUACGAGGCCGUCUCCCAGAACAGGAUCGCUGCGCUACAGCUGGACACGAUCGAGGGCGCUGUUACGCAUUCCGUCCAGAUCCCAGUCCCGUUCCACGUGUCCGACCUCCCGCAAGAUGGUGAACAAGGCCAGCCGGGUCUUUGGCUGACCACAGCGAACUCGCUCAUGGCCGAGGAGGCGGCCGAGACGCCGGGCUUUCUGGACAGGAACUUUGCUCUGCUGCUCAUGAUGGACGAAAAGAGGGUCACGGCCGAGUUGCAGAGUGACCCUGACGAGACGACGCUUGCUAUGAUAGAGUUUGUGCGCCAUUGCAAGCCGACGCUCUCCUUCUAUCAAGUUUGCCAGCAGUCGAGCAAUAUCCUCAUCCCGGCCCAGGUGCGCAAGUUUGCCCAGCACUUCAUCUUCUGGCGUCGCGCCAUCGCCAUCCCGCCCCUACACGCCAGGGACAUGUACAUCGUGAGCCCCAACUGCGACCUGAGUAAGCUGCCACAAGCAGCCGCUAGGUGGGCGCGCCAAUUUCCCCUCUCCCCGAGCUUGCCCAAUUUCCUCGCCGAGCUUAGCGUUGCCCCGCGGCCCUACAAGCUCCACUGUCCCAGCAAGGCUCACCGGCCCGUCUACAUGGCCAUGCUGGCUUGGCUGAUGCGUGGUGGCUGGGUCACGCAGUUGUGUACCUUUGCCUACGUUGUGGUCUGGCCCGAGAUCAUCUACGAGGUGGAGCACGCCCUCGAGGCUGAGGAGAUCACCCGCGAAAAACACCCCCAAAGCAUGGGUCACGAACCGGGCAGUGUUUCCAGCGAGGAUGCCGCCACCCUCAGCGCGGCGACAGGCCCUGGCCUAGCAGCCCUAGGCGACACCGCCGUGGCCGCUUUCGGCGCAGGCUUCCUCCCCCUCACUCAAUCCACGACCAGCCUCCGCGAUCUGUCACUUUCCCACUCCUCCCUCAUCCCUUCAUACAGCGGCGCCUCCCAGCCCACCUCACCCAUCUCCACCCGAAACCACACCAGCACCACCAAGAACAACAACCACCCCCCUUCUCCACCACCACACACCCUACCCCCAUCCCACCGGUACCACCACCACCAGCAGCACCACCAUCAUCACCAUCAUCACAACGACCCCGACCCGGAGGAGCCGACACGAACACCAGCCGAACAAGCCGCCGAACAAGCCCGCCUAGCCCGCAUAGCCGACAAGGCCGCGCGCGAGCUAGCCGAGCGGGCGACAGCCCACGCACGCAAGGCGCCGCCCCAACCGACAGCCCACCCCAGCGUGAACCACGCGCGCCACCUGGACGGCAUCGCGCCGCACGUUAUUCUCGACGCCAACAAGGCGACGGGCAAAGAGAGUUUGUAUCUGAGCGCCAUUGGGAAGCGAUUUCGCGGGCUCGUUAUUGAAAGAGAGAGAGGAGGAGGAGGAAAUGGAGGACAACAACAACAACAUCAUCCAGGGCAGGGGCAGGGUGGGAAUACGAAGAACAACAACAACAUCAACAAUAACAACAACAACAACAAUGGUAAUAGGGAUACUAGGGGUCAUCGGGAUGGGGUUGGCGGUGAUGGUGGUGGGAUAGGAGGGGUACGCGACUGGGGGGAAUGGGAGGAGCGGGUGGCCAACGCGUGGCCCGUGUUCUGCAAGUACUUCAACGGGCGGUCGGCGCUGGAGCGCAUCGCGCUGCAGGAGGACAUGAAGCGCAAGGACGUGUGGAACUUGCUGACGGCCAUGAGCGAGUAUCUACUUUGCGUUCGUCACUGGUAGAGAACAGGGGGCCUGCGCUCUUGUAACGUACUUGGGUUGGAUUGCCAGCGUACAGCGGGAUGAACGCCAGACAAGGAGAUAGCCUCACAGUGACUCGGACAUACGACCACAAUAGAGCACAGAUGGUAAUGAAGCGUAUUGGUGUGUGAAAGGGGGUAUUAUCAUGAAUCCCGUGUGAAUCGUGUCUCGCCGCCAGUGUAAGCGAAAAAACAAAAAGCAUGAAAUGCUAAUAAAUAGGUAAUAAGAGAGCCCCAUGAACCAAAAGGGGCCAUUCCUGUGCCACAUUCUCCAGGUAUCAUCCAUAAGUAAGCAAGGAGCAGCUAGAAAGUCAGCAAGAAUAAAUGGAAACGCGAAAACUGAUGUCCCGAAAACCGAAGCCCAGUAUAUCUGUUCCCGGCUGUUGACCCCAG